AUGGUUCUCGUAAAUUCAAUGAAAACUGUUUUCAUGAUGCACAAAACAAAGGAUGUCUACAAACCUUUUGGGGACAUUUACCAUUUUGACAGAGGUCCGAACCGACGGUCAGAUGUGGUAAAUACGAAGGUUUCUAUUCAGCGGAAUGUUUGGUCUUUCGUCGUGGAGGCCGUCUUGGAGUAUUGUCGAAUAACCUUUGAUCUCUUUUCCGAUUCCAGGCCGAUUUCUGUCAUAUCUGUGGAUUCAGAGGAAAAAAUCCUUUCAUUGUGGUACGAAGAAGAUCAGUCCUUAGAAGCCGUCUGGAAGGCCUUCUCCACAGAAGGCGAUUCCGUGGCUUCGGUAGAUCUAGACUAUCCAGGCAUGCCUGGUCUAUAUUCAUGUAAAAAUGUCCUGCACAUGCCUACUCCAUAUCAGACACAAUGGCCGGAUACGGGCAACGUUGGAUGUGUGCUCAUCAUUGGCUCUGAUAUGCGCGCAAAGCUCUCCAAUUGGCUACCCAUUCUCACAGAACAACUGCAAAAUCCACCUCAAGAAACAGGCUAUCUCCCGAUUGACAGCACUGAGUGGAUUUUCAUUGAUCUGGAUUUAUCUUCUUCCACUGACGAAAAUGUUGCGGAAAAUGAACUGUUUUCAACGGAGAAGCACACGAUGUUGUAUCAGCGGGUGCCUGUGAAGAACAACCGUUCUGUGUUGCGAGCUCUCAUGCGUUUGGCGGAGCGCAACCUCGGUAUGGCGAGCACUCUGGUGCAGGAGAUUCCUAUGAAGGAGGAGACCAACGCGGACGCCGUCUCGACUAUGUACGGCGUUGAGCUUUUGCAUGAAUCAAAGGCACAUGACUUCCUGCAGCAUUUAGGUCUCGCCGAACGCCUCUACCUACGCCAGGAGGCUGACAAGACAAUGUUUCAAGAACCCUCCUCAGGAUUUUCCAAAACCCUGGGGAUCAAAUGGAUCAGCCCCAGACCAGUUGAUAACUCCUACGCUUUUUGCCCUCAAUAUUGGUUUUCAGUACUCAUUCGCUAUAGCGUUGGAGCCUUCAGGGUGACAAUGGCGGCCGUGAAUACCCGAUCGUCUGUCUGCUUAUCGCAAUUCGUUUUGGGAGGUAGGUGUGUGGUACUAGCGCACAACCUUUACCGCGGUUCCACAUCGCCGGAGGGCCCGCAGACCUCGGCGGACGUCUUCCUCCUCCUCUGCCACGGUUCGGUGAUGUAUCUACACGUGCUGGCGAGCCCCGCACCCCUCUCCCAUCCACCAAUUCUGCCCGCUCUCCCCGUUCGCCAGUUAGAGAUUCCAGAAACCGACUUUCGGGUUAUCGACUUUGUUAAGAACUUCCUUCUUCCGGCCAGGCUUGCGCCCGCUUCUGCCAACUCUGCCUAUUCUAUCACUCCCAAGAUCAGAGCGCUACAACUUGUUGAAAGGGGCACACGCUAUUGGCCUUUGCGAAAUGAUGCUACGUUAAUCGGUGGCAACGAACUUGCGACUCCGCUUUUCGAGCAUAUGACGAAGGACUUCUUCGAAGUCGCGGAAUCCGCCGCCUGUGAGAAAGCCGUUGAUUCCAUCCUCGCGACAAUCAAAUCCCAUCCGGUUCCCAAAGAGACUGGUUCCAGCCACCUUCUUUGUAGCCAGCCUGUGGCGAUGGCUGUUGAGCUAGAAUUCCUGCUAUCGCAAUACGCUGACAUCUCGGAAGACCACAGCCAGCUGAUGGCCACUUUCAAGAAGAAGGCAGAAGUAGUUGUUUUUGCCAACAAACGUCUCUCGAAACUAAUUCCAAAGGCAAAAAAUCUUCUCAUCAACGGCCACCCCAUAGCCGGCAGUCCUCUCUCUCGCCUCUCUGAAGUCAAGCACCAACUCAGAGACAAAAGUGGCGGAAUGUCUAAGCCAGGCGCAGCCACGUCACUACCUGAUAACGAAACUGUGUUUGGGAACGGCACUGCAUUGAAUAUCGUAUUCGCCCCUUGCCCAAUGGAAAUUUUUAUGCAACAACUGACAGGAGCGUCCAAACGAUCCAUCCCCAGCCGAGCCGAAUUUGAGGGUGUCCUGGCUGGUGGCAACUUGAAGGGUCCGCUGCGUCUCUACGCCGGACUGACCGGCGGUGAAGAUGAAAACUAG